CUUCAUUCAAUACACGCUGUCCUCCAUUCCAGCAAUUGCUGCAGAUGUCACCGCUAUUGGCCAGCGAGAUAUUCCAAGUUCGGUUCGAAUGCGCGGUCCAGGCGGUCGUCAAGGGUGCCUUUCGCGCGAUCGCUCCGCGUCGUGAUGCUCCGUCGCAACCGCUGAUAAUAGCGACUGCUUCGCCCGGCGCCUGCUCUCUCCUUCCACCACCAUCGCUAGACGCGUUGUGGACCGCCUUUCUUUCCUGUACACCCCUUUCGUUGACGUUGUUCACGCCCUUCCUUUCUGUUUUUCGUUCUGAGCCUCGCGUCGAUCGCACCCCUCCCCCGUAAAUCUCUGCUGCGCAGCCCCCCGUCUAUAUAUUCUGUGUGCAAGGCGACCUCCCAAGAUGUACAACGCACCCAAGUUCUUCACCCAGCACAAGGCUGACAAUGUCAUUCUCGUGUACUUGUCGCCCACGUCCCCUCCCCCCGUGUCUGUGCCGUUCGAACUGCAGGAAUAUGUAUCCAAAGACGCAUGGGCUUCGCGCAUAACUACCAUUACGCGGGUGGCCUCCAGCUAUUCUAAGCCGAAGCUCGAGAUGAUCUGGGCUAUUCUUUCCUUCCUUAUGCUCACCGUCAUCCCCAUGGCCGUCGUCAGCGUUCUGAAUGCUACGCUGCACGACGACGAUCCGCAGUGGCAUUUUCAUGUUCGCGAGAUCUCGCUAGGUAUCUUCCUCGGAAUGAUGCUCCUGUUCGCCAUGCCCAUGGUCAUCUGGAAGGCUAUCGGCCAGCGUCACCUGAAUCGCACCAUCCAGCGCUGGACGCAGCAGGACAACCAAACCCUCGCGCCUGGUACGGCGCGCGCGAACUGGAGCGCACGCCUGCCGCGGAUGUUCAGCAGCCAGAUCGUCGUCUCCAUCGCUGUCCCGCACGGCACCUUCCCCAGCCUCUUCCACCCGGACGCCUACCUCCCCUCCUUCGUCAGAGGCCCCAUCGACGCGCAAGCAGCGUACUAUUACCCGUACUCGGGGGGUGGCAAGGCCGAGCCCAACAUGCCUCAUAUGAGUACUAUCGGCUCUGUUCCCCUGUAUGGGAACAACUACGGAAACGGCAAUGGGAAUGGGCGCCCUCCGAGCUAUGGCUAUGGAGAUGAGAAGCGGCCAUUUGGAGACUACAAACGAUCCAGCAGAGACUCUAAGCGGUCAAGCAAGGAUAGUUUUAGCAGCGGGGACUACAAGAUCCAGCGUGCAAGCCUGCGGGCUUGAGCUGGGUCGCGUGUUCUGUGAGCCUGGUGCACACGUGUCGUCUGAGAAUCGUAGGUCCAGGUGAUCUUCGCAGUUGCGUAUGUACGAACUCGUAUCGUACUGUCGCGUUCAGACAUUUCUUGCAAGCCAAGGCAGUGUUUGGAAGCGAGAUAACAUGCGAGAAAAGAGUCAAAGGUAUCAUCUG